AUGGUUUUCUGGGAAGGGUAUGUGAGUGAUGAAGUGAUGGGAACGUUUGCUCCUAUUGUGAUUUAUUGGAUAUAUGCUGGAUUUUAUCACUUGCUUCCGCCUUUAGAUAAGUAUCGGUUGCAUACUAUGAGAGACGAGGGAGAGAAGAAUUUGGUGCCUUUUGAAGCUGUUGUGAAAGGUGUUUUGCUUCAGCAGCUUGUUCAGGCAAUUGUUGCACUCAUCUUGUUGACGACAACAUCGAAUGCAUCUGGGAUUACGGUGCAGCCUUCUAUCACCAAGCAAAUAAUUCAGAUUGUUAUUGCCAUGUUUGUGAUGGAUACAUGGCAGUACUUUGUGCACCGGUACAUGCAUCAGAACAAGUUUCUGUACCGCCAUAUUCACUCCCAGCAUCAUAGACUGGUUGUUCCAUAUGCAAUAGGAGCCCUUUACAAUCACCCUAUCGAGGGUCUUCUACUCGACACCGUUGGUGGAGCCAUCUCAUUUCUUGUCUCGGGAAUGACUGCGAGAACGGCCGUUAUAUUCUUCUGCUUUGCAGUAGUGAAAACCGUCGACGACCACUGCGGACUAUGGUUGCCCGGGAACAUCUUCCAUUUAUUUUUCCAGAAUAACACGGCGUAUCAUGACAUUCAUCAUCAACUACAAGGACUGAAAUACAAUUAUUCGCAACCAUUCUUUCUGAUAUGGGAUAAACUUCUCGGAACAUACAUGCCUUUCGAUCUUGUAAAGCGAGCCGAAGGCGGUUUUGAAGCAAGGCCUGCAAAGGACUAG